GUCACGUGGCGUAAGCUGAGAGGCAGCGGCUAAAAAAAGAAAGGAGCCGCUCGCUAGCAGUCACACACCGAGCUCGUCGCCACGUCGGACGCAUGGACGUUUGAAAGACUUGUCUUCGCCAUCUCGGCACAACAUGGCAAACACGCCGGAAUUGGACGAUUAUUCGGCAUACGCUAGCCUGACCGACGAGGAGCUGCUCCAGCUCGCUGUAGAGCGCAGUCUGGCGGAGGCCUGCCUCCGGCCCCUCGCGCGGGCUCCUGACCCCAAGGUCGACAAAAGUCAACAAGUUGAGCAAGGCCCCGCCCACUACAGCUCGCCCAACCCACCUGCACCAAAGCCUCCUGACCUAGGGACUUUCGAAGGCACCGUCAGCCGCUUCACCACAGGCGCCGGGAUGAAGAUGUUGGCUUAUCGCAAAUUGGACGGCACCUUGGUCCACGUGGUGCCGGAACCUGAGGAGGAGGAGGAGCCCAUAUUCCGAGCGAUCCGGGCGGGCGACACGGUACGUUUGAAGGCGCUGAUCACGGCCUCCGGAGGAAACCCGAUGCUGCCCGCCAAGCCCGGCUGGCUCGCCAUUCAUCAGGCGGCGUGGCUGAACCGGGAGGCCUGCCUCAGAGUCCUCCUGACGGCCCAGCCGGGGAUGGUGAACGAGCGCAGCGAGCGCGGCGAGACCCCGCUGCUGGUGGCCGUCAGCGGAGAGCACUCGGGCUGUGCCGGACUCCUGUUGGAAAACGGCGCCGACCCCAACGUGGCCGACCGAGAGCACGAGACGCCUCUGUACAAAGCUUGCGAGAAGGACAACCCAGCGCUGGUGGCGCUCCUGCUCAAUCACGGCGCGGCGGUGGACGCGAAGUGCUUCCAGGGUUGGACGGCCCUGCACGAGGCGGCGUGCCGCGACAACGUGGAGAUCUGCCAGAUGCUCCUGAAGGCCGGGGGAAAGCACAGCCCCAGGGACAACUACGGCAUCACGCCCUUGUUCACCGCCGCGCAGGGCGGACGGCUGGCUUCUCUUCGCCUCCUGGUCAAACACGGCGCGGACAUUAACAGCCAAGCUGAGGACGGAGCUGCGCCGCUUCACGAAGCGGCUAAAAACGGCCACGCCGACAUCGUGGAGUUUCUCCUUUCCCAGAAAGCGGACGCCAACAUCGCGGGAAAAGCGGGACUGUUGCCGCUUCACAUCGCCGCACGUAAAGGAAGCGAAACCAUCGUGUCCAUGUUGAUCCCGGCCACCUCCAAGGCCAGAGUCCGGCGCACCGGCAUCAGCCCGCUGCACGUGGCCGCCGAGCACAACCGCGACGAAGUCCUGGAGCUCCUGAUCCGGGCCGGUUUCGACGUCAACGCCCGGCUGUCCGAAGAGCGCUCCCGACUGUACGAGGACCGGCGCGGCACGGCGCUUUACCUGGCCGUGGACAACUACAACGUGGACAACGUACGCUCUUUGCUGGAAGCCGGCGCCGAUCCCAACCUGGACGUCUUCGGGCCGCUGCUGGUGGCGGCGAGGCAAGGAUGCGCGGAGAACGUGGCGCUGCUGGUGGAGCACGGCGCCGACGUCAACGCCCGUAUAGCCACCCGCCCCACUGACUUCCCCGCUGUCUUUUUGUUCACCAUGAAGUAUCUCCCCAUGUUCAAGUACCUGCUGGACAACGGCGGCGACGCGCUCUCCUGCUUCCGUUGCGCGUACGGGAGCGGGCCCCACCCGCCGCUCCAAACCGGGAGGUCACACCCGGGUCACCUGGGCUACCCUGAAACGCGGCGGCCGCUUGGUGGCGGCGGUGCGCGAAGCGUUCAGUUCUGCGAGGUGAUCUCGGCCCCCAGCAUCAGCCGCUGGGCGGGGCCCAUCUUGGACGUGCUGCUGGACUACGUGGGUCACGUGAAGCUCUGCUCGCGACUGGUGGAACACUUGGACAGUUACGACGACUGGAGCGUUAUCAAAGAAAAAGCCGCUCUGCCGAGGCGGCUGCUGCAGCUGUGCCGCGUGCGCGUGGUGCAGCUGGCGGGCCGGCACCGCUUGAAGAGCUUGCCGCUUCCCGGAACGCUCAUCCGAUUCCUGCUGCACCGGGAAGCUUCCGUCACCUUGUGAACGCACGCGACGCAAAACAGGCUUUAGUCAACGUGUUUGCGGCCCAAAAACUAACUUGCAAAACGCCGUGUGUUUAGCGAGUCGAUCGGGCGCCGGCCCGACUCCUCGUAUUCGGGACUCCUAGGUCCCGGUACGCCGCCCUCCGGUCCAGAUCCGGAGGAAUUAGGAGUGCGUGAGAGGAACGUCCUCCAAAUUGGAAUGGCCUUUUCGCAAGCUUGUGACGGAACUGGCCUCUGAGUGGGACAAAACAUAGCUACUGUGUUCAAGAAGGGUCAGUUUAGCGCUCAAAGAGUUACGGCUAGCCUCGGCCACAGCAGUCACCAACUUUGAAUGUAAAAAUUUGACUCAAGGAAUGAGUAAAUACAACGUAGAUGACCUUCAAAUUUAAGUCGAAAAAGAAGAAUCGAGUCAGAUUUCAUCGCACCGCAAAGUCCAGGGAAUUCUUUUCUUUUCAUGGAACUUUAUUGGGCUAAAGCAGGGUUUCAGCCAGCGCUUUAUAAACCUGGAAGACCUCCCGCUAAUCUUUUUUUACAUGGCUAAUAAGAGUGCUACAAAAGAAAGUAUCCAUAUUUUAACCAGCCCUUGCAAGAGGGUUGAAAGUGCAACGGUGACAUCUUGUGGUUGAUACGUAAACAAACCUGUCCUUGCUCUCUGCUAUUGCACUGAAUUGCAUUGUAUUUUUGUUUUCAAGACUUUUUGUAAGACUGUUUAAGUAUUGUUAACUCAUUGGCAGCCAAUAAAGGUCCCAUUCAACCCUCCCGCUUCAAACGAUUUGGACAUCUCGCAGCGUCAACAGCAGCUGAUGAGUUAAAAAAAUAAAAUUCAUUUAAAUUGGUGCGCUCUCCUUACUAUGAGUUUAUCACUUGUGGACGCCUGACAGA